AUGCACAUUGACCAAUCAUUAGAAAAAGUGACAUCCAGUGAUACGCUGGAUACUUCUAGAAGUAGUGUUAAUGCAGGAGAUUCAAGAACAGAUCUGGAAGAUUUCCCAACUUAUGCCGAUGUGCCUUAUGGAACGUCACUUAGGCAGCAAAAGAAGCUUUUUGAACAGCAGAUUGACAACCUUCGUCGACAGUUUUCUGCUAGUUUGCCAGGAAACAGCGCUGAAUCUGAUUCUGGGAAGCAUAAUUGGAGUUUGCUACAAAAUUUUUCUCGAAAGCUGUCAGUGAAGGAGAUUGAAACUAAAUUAAUGGUAGCUUUGCAGGAAAUGGAUGAACUGAAAAUAGAAUUAGAUGUUUGUCAGAAGCGAUUAGAUGCAAAAUAUAAAGCAGUGGCUAUCCUCAAAGAGCAGGCAGAUUUAGCUGGCAUGGAGUUGAAGAAAACUGAGCAAAAGGCCAGUGAAACAAGCAAGAAUUUAGAACAGGAAGUGAGCAAGCUACAGUUUGAGCUGGAGUGGCGUGAGUCUUCUUUUAUGAAUAGCCAGCAGACCUGGGCUGAGCGAUUUGAUAGCGUUUGUCAAGAGAAUGCAAUGCUCAUGUCAAAACUGGAGACAAGAAAUGAAGAACUGAGGAGGGCAAAUGCACAUAAAUUAGCAAUCUCAAGAGAGAGAGAUGAGCUUUUAGCACUCUUGGAUGUUACUGAAAGACUAAAAUAUGAACAAGGGAAAAGCAGAGUUGCAGAAGAUGAGUACAGCACUUUUACAUCAUCAGAGUUGGCAGUUCUCGGUGCCUGUAAAUGCAGAGUAUCCAGUCCGGAGCCAUGUGGUUGUGCUCAUGCAGCAGCAAAUUUAAGGAAAGAAGUGGCAAAGCUUCGAGAAGGGCUUGAGCUGAACCAGAAGAGACGGGAGGAGAGUAACCUAACUGUGGACGCCUACCGUUUAGCUUUUGAGGAGCAGCUGACAAAGAAUAGAAAACUGUGUUUACAGAUGUCACAUAUUGCCACCUUGUCAUCCAGAACGGCAAAAGCCAAAGCUGCUCUUAAAUGGCUUGUACAGGUUCUUAAUGAUGAUGACUAUGUGCCACCCAAACCCACAGAACAAGGAAUGGAAGCAGAGAAAGGAAACACCUUGUCCAACAUGAGUCUGCAAGAGCUUGUCACAGUUCUUACGGAAAUGGUUCAUGAAAAGAAUGAAGCUCUUGCCCACCAGAAAUUGGCUGCCCAGGUUUUACACAACAAACUAUUCCUGUAUGAAAAACUAGAAGGGAAAAGGCCUGAGGAGUCAGAAACAGAUUCCAGAAAACAUCAGCAAAAGAAGAAACAAAAUAGAGAAAACCACCGAUCACAGCAUAGUGUUAACUCACAGCUUGCCAACAGCAAGAUAAAUUCUGAUUCUGUUUCUUGUAAUAAUAAACUUUCAGGUUCUGAUGAAGUUUCCGCAUAUGAAAAACACCAAAGCAUGGACUAUUUUUCAGACACUGUUAAUACGGAGGAAGAUAGUUGUGAAAACUGUGCAGAUAGGUUGAGCUUGUCCAGAAAUUCCUCCGAGGCUCAAUAA